CGGCAGCGACCAAGAAAGGCCGUCACGGUCAGCCCCUCUCUCCCACGGCGGGGCCAAGAAGAAGGUGACGCCUCGCCAACGUCAGUGGGAUGUCGUCGGCCGGACUCGUAGUUUCGCAGAAGCCCCUGCGGCUGCCUAACUCCCCUCGCGUUUCGUCCACAGACACGUACCACCAUGGAGAUGGCCGAAAGGACAGGGAGAGGAAGACUUUUUUAUCUUCAGUGAACGGUCAAGGGCCCCUCCUCCCCCGCCUGCUCCUUUCUCUUCCAUGACUUUUUACCAUUCGAGCUUCUCUUUUGGAGGUAUGUGUGGACGCCACUAAGGGAUACAGCCAGUCCCCACCAUAAAUAUUCAUCCUUCGGCAGUCGCAGAGAACCUUCUCCUUUGAAAGUUGUUGCUGUGGAAGAGCAGGAGAGGAGACGCCAGCAGGAAGAGAAAGCAGAGGAGGAGAAUUACUCUGUCCGGCCCCUCCGCACCCUCAGACGGUUUCGCUUAUGGAGAGGAAGAGCGAGUGGAUGGAGUUCUACCACCGGAAUCUCGGGCUUGGUCGAGCGCCGGGCGCGCCAGUGCAGCCACCACUGAGCGCUCGCGUUUCAGAUGCAAUGGCAGUCACCACCACAAUGACAAUGCCGGAUCUCGCCUCCCCACAAAGAAGUGCGGUCCCAGCCGGUUCCUCCGUCGCCUCGGCGAACAGCGGCGCCGCCUUGAACGCCAACUCUCACCUUGGUGCAGAAGGACGGGUGGCGAAAGCCCCAAGGAAGCGGACGAGGGUGUCGAAGCGAGCCCCCACCACCCUCCUCAACACCGACACCCACAAUUUCCGGGCCAUGGUGCAGCAAUUCACCGGCGGACCUUCCGCCCACCUGUUCACGGGGUACCAGACCGGCGGCUCCAAUCUCAACUUCGGCUAUGGUCCUCACCACCACCAGAUGAACAACCCCUUGGCCGCAGCCCCUGUGCCACUCGCGCAGCCAAGCCUGCAACAACACCAGGAAGAGCUGGUGUUCUUCUCCAGCGGCGACAGUGGGAACGUGGCUGCUGCGGCCGUCGCCAGCGGCAGCAACAAUGGCGGCAACCAAGUCUUCUUGCAGGGGUUUACCAACUCCAGACCUAACCCGGACGGCUUCUUGUUUGAUGGUGUUUCUUCAAACAUGCAGCCAAGAGGCACCAGCUUCCAACGAUGGUAGGCUGGAUGGUUUCACACUGUCGCUUUGAAAAACUCAAACCAAAAAAAGGAAGCGCAUUUGACGCAAAGGAGGAGCAGUUUGAGAGUAGCAUAACCAUUACACUGACUGACUGUGUACAUAUUUUCGAAGAACAAAAAAAAACUCUUUGUAGUUUACCAUAGUCGGGGAGAUGAUGUAUGCUUCCCUUUUAGAUGCAAGCAGUUUCAUUCAUUUAGUUGCUAUACAAUCUCUUUUGCCUUUCAUAUUACUUUCACAUCAGACAAUGAUCAUGGUGUUUAGAUUUCUCUUGUUGUUCAUAGUUGAAAUUGUGGAACUUGGUGUCUGUAGAAAUGGCUUAUAUCGUUGUGUUUGGGAUAUCAGGAAUCAACACAAUUUUGCUUCUUUGGUCA